UAGUAGUGCUUUAAAUGUACAAUCCGGCAAAUAUACUGACGGCUUCAGGGAUCAGAUAUUUUGCUACAUACAGCAAUGUAAUAGCAUCCGUGGAUAAACCUGGAAGCAAGGUACUAAUUUGGUACAUCCAGCAGUGUGGCCGCUCGCAUGUGAUGCUCCCCUUUGAUUUUCCGCCAUCUUCAACUUCCCAUUGUUCAUCAGGGCAGGCAACCGAAACUAGCCGUUCAGCUAGCUAACGUGAAUCACAUUAGCUUGUCGGUGGCAUUGUUGUCACCUUUGGCAGUUUCUUUCGUAGCCCACGUCGAAACAGAUUGAUUAACAUAGGUACAACGCAAUACACACACAGGACUGAAAAAUGAUGAUGGACGAUGACCAGCCCAAGACCCUGUAUGUUGGGAACCUGUCUAGGGAUGUUACUGAGCCUCUGAUCCUCCAGGUUUUCACACAAAUAGGACCUUGCAAGAGCUGUAAAAUGAUUGUUGACACGGCUGGGAACGACCCGUACUGUUUUGUAGAAUUCUACGAACACAGGCAUGCGGCUGCGUCCCUAGCUGCCAUGAAUGGACGUAAAAUAAUGGGUAAGGAGGUGAAGGUCAACUGGGCCACCACACCAACCAGUCAGAAAAAAGACACAAGCAGUAAGAAUCGCAUAUAUGGCGGAGGGGGUGUCAAGGUUUCUCUGAUAGUGGCCUGUUUCAUAUGUUUAGUCAUUGUCGUGUCUCUUCUUCCUCUAGAUCAUUUCCAUGUGUUUGUCGGUGACCUUAGCCCGGAAAUCACCACAGACGACGUCAAAGCGGCAUUUGGCCCAUUUGGAAGGAUAUCGGACGCUAGAGUGGUCAAAGACAUGGCCACUGGGAAGUCUAAAGGCUAUGGAUUUGUGUCCUUCUUCAACAAGUGGGAUGCUGAGAACGCUAUUCAGCAGAUGGGAGGCCAGUGGCUGGGGGGGCGACAGAUCAGGACAAACUGGGCCACCAGAAAACCCCCUGCUCCCAAAGCCACCUACGAAAACAACACGAAACACCUGUCCUUCGAUGAAGUGGUGAACCAAUCCAGUCCCAGUAACUGUACAGUGUACUGUGGGGGGGUCAGCUCUGGUCUGACAGAGCAACUGAUGAGACAGACCUUCUCUCCGUUCGGACAGAUCAUGGAGGUGCGGGUUUUCCCAGACAAGGGCUACUCGUUUGUGAGGUUCAACUCUCACGAAGGAGCAGCCCACGCCAUCGUGUCUGUGAACGGGACCUCGAUAGAGGGCCACAUGGUCAAGUGCUACUGGGGCAAGGAGACCCCAGACAUGAUAAACCCCAUGCAGCCACAGGUGCAGGUACCCCAGAACAAAGUGGGCUUCGCGGCCGCCCAGCCCUACGGCCAGUGGGGCCAGUGGUACGGCAACGCCCAGCAGAUAGGCCAGUACGUGCCCAAUGGCUGGCAGGUGCCCACCUACGGCGUGUACGGCCAGGCCUGGAACCAGCAGGGUUUUAACCACUUACCAGCCAGUGCAGGCUGGACGGGGGUCAGUGCCAUCAGUAACGGUGGGGUUAUGGAGCCCACACAGGGACUGAAUGGGAGCAUGCUAGCAAACCAGCCUGGCAUGGGAGCCACAGGAUACCCCACACACUGAUAGAGGGGGGGUAGCCUGGUCCAGCCUUCUGGCUGCUGCCUCACACAGACGUGUCGGAUGCCCUCUCCAUUCGUGGCAAACUUGAGACUCAUUGGUACAUGGAAUGAGGAGGCGAAAUGGACUUCUGAAGCAGAGGACUAGAAUAGGGGGGGAGGGGUGUGUUAAAGGGAGUUAGGGAAGUUGUGCCCACACAGGUAUUACGCUCUUGUGGUAGACAGACUACAUGGAAAGAGAGCUAGACCGUUUUAAGUUAAAGUGUAAAUGAAUAUUAAACUGUAAAGUAGAUACUUUUGGGGAUUUGAGCCUUUUGUUUACAAUGACUCAACUGCUAUCAUUUUCAUUUAUAUAUUGCCAAUUGUUAAUGCCGUAUUUUUCUUUUCUUUUUUUACACAAGACAAUUAUUUCAGUUUGAAACAAUGAAUCAUGUGCAGUCAUCAAUCUUAACAGGUAUUUGAUUUUUUUGUCCCUCCCCUCUUCCAGUUUAGAAUUCAAACCAGUUGCUGAUUGAUGCCACUGCUUUCCCCUCUAAGGGCAGAUUGAUAUUGCACAGUUUUUCUCUUGUAAUUUUACAAAUUUGAGGGGGUCUUUUUGCAUUCCACUGUUUUCCUGUUAUAUCACAUUUUUCUCCCCUUGUGUAAAUAACCAUUUCAAAAUGUAUAAAGCAAAAUGUCAACUGGGGGCUCGCUUUCUUUUUUUAGUUAUGUUUUGUUUUGAUAGAUGAGUAGCACCUUGUGAGUAGCGAAUCAGCCAUGUCAAAUGUUUCUCUAUGAUGGCACUGGCACAAUGCAGUGUUUGUGAUACUUCCAUGCAGGGAAUACAUGGCAUUGCUCCAGUGUGUAAAAAAAAAACGAAAAAAAGAGUUGUACUAUUAAGUAAUACUGUGCAUAAAAUGGCAUUUCUCAUGUUUUUUUUUUUUUAACAAAUAUGAAACACAAGACUUGAUCAGAAAUUCGCACUAUCGUCCUUUUAUGCCAGGGAAGUGGAAGCUUAUUGCGUUGCCUUAUAGAGCUAAUUUGUUCAAACUGAAAUGACGAAAUAAAGAGUAGGCAGUGCCUACAUGGUAGACUUAUGGUUUUAAGAGGUGUGACCCCUGGAGUUUGAUCAUGUUUCUGCUACUAUAAUCAAUGUCUUCUUGCUUUGUCCAAUAAAAUUGCUGAAGCGCU